GACCUCGAGCCGCUCCUCAAGUUCAACAACCCGUCGCGCGUCCUGUCGGUGUCGCUCACCCAGCACGGCCUAGACCCGGUCCGCCACGCGCUCGUCAAGGAGUCGGGCCGACUGAGCGCCCACCCGACGUUUGUCACGGGUGCGUUUUCGGGGGACGUCAAGCUGGGAGAAGGGUUUGGGAGCAGCGUGAGCAUGAGCGAGCACCGCGCGAGCGAGGACGCGCUCAGGAGGGUUUACCUCGGCGGGAGGAGGAAAGUCGGCUUGCCGAGCGACGCGUGGGCCAACAAGGACGAGGGCGCGGCUGCGUUCAAGGGCUGGAACAACGCGAGCGGGUGGACCGAGGAUCCAGCUAAAGCGACCUAG